AUGUGCCUGCACUUUAUGAACCAGUUUGGCAACACCAAGGCCGUGCCGUCCAUGCUGAUCACCAUGCAGAGCUGGGGCUUCUUUGCCUUUUUCACGGCCGUCCCCGUGGCCGGCAUCGUCUUUGUUUGGUUCUUUGUGCCGGAGAUGGCGGGGCGGUCCUUGGAGAGCACGGAUGCGCUCUUCGCCUUGCCCUGGUGGAAGGUUGGUCGGUAUGGUGCCAAGCUCACGCCGGAUACGGAUCCUCUGUCUGCGGAGAGAGACGGCAAGAUGAACGAGGACGAGAAGAAUGGGGUACAGACGGUGGAGUAUGGGCAAAGUGCGGUCUAA